AGACACGUCUGCGUCGGCGAAGGACGAAGGUCGGUGUACUCGGGGGUGAACGGAUUCAAAAUUGAGUGAGCGUUCAGUUACAUUCGACCAUCCGUGGAGCGCGCGUCGUGCGGCACGUUGGCAGCGACCACUCUAGAUGAGUCGAUUUUAGCGGAUCCGCUGAUUCGUUUAUUAGAUUUACACAUUCGUUUCGAGGUAUUGUAUCUGGAUUCCAACGAACGAGUGAAGAUUUCCGAAUUGCCGGACAAUAAUCGCCAAUGUGCGAAUGAGUCGAACGUAGGCGGAGGUUGUUUAUUUUCAUCAGUGUAACAACAACAAUUAAUAUCGCGGGAUAAUAAAAUGCGUGCUUCACGUGCUGGUGGAUUUCUAGUGAUCGUUUUAUUGUGUUCGUGUUUCGGUGAUGUGCGUUCGCGAACGACAAGGACUGCCUGCGAGACGGUCAAGCCCUUCUUCGAUGGCAAAAAUAUCUCGGUCGAAUACCUGGAGGGCGAAUCACCGGACAACACAACGUGCGGUGGCCCUUGCUGUAAUUCAAAAAUGGAGCAACGAAUUUCCAAUCAGGCUAGGGAUGAUUUUCAAAAUUUAAUGCAUCACCACAGCAGAAGUCUUCAAGGGCUUCUGGCCUCCACUGCAGACGCCAUAAGGGAAACUGUGACGGCGUUGGUUCGGCACUCCGAGAAUAGAACUCUGACCCUCUUCAACCAGGUGUACCGUUCGAUGGCGGGUGAAACCUACACAUCGGUGAAAAGCCUUUACAGAGAAAUAGUGAAUUACGUGGCCCCGGAGAACACACCAGAUUCGUUACAACAGCCUCGUACACGCGACAUGUUGGAGGCGAGCUUUCUGACCUUCUUCGACGAAUUAUUCCCGACAGCUUUUCACCGUGCGGUGAACUCCCUGAAACAGGAUUUCUCAAAUGACUUCAAAACCUGCCUCAUCAACGCCGUGGACGGUAUUCAACCUUUCGGUGACAUACCCAAGCAGAUAUCUCAGUCCGUUGUCAAGAGCCUCGAGGCCACCAGGGUGCUCAUUCAGGCAUUAACCCUGGGGAAAACAGUUCUCGAUAAAAUUGACGGUGCCCUUUUCUCAACGAAAAACCCGCAACAGAUCGACUGCUUCAGAGCUUUACAAAGAAUGACGUACUGUUCAAAAUGCCACGGCAUCGCCGGUGAUCUGAGACCCUGCUCGGGACUCUGCACUAAUGUCAUCAGGGGUUGCCUGAUCGAGCAAGCUUCUCAAUUCGACAUGACCUGGUCCGGUUACGUCGAUUCCGUCGAGCGGCUAGUAAGCGCUAUCGACGGUCGUAACAACCCUCUUGGCCUGAACGUAGAAAGCGCCGUUAGACAACUCGACGCUCGUAUAUCGGAUGCGAUAAUGCACGCAAUGGAAAACGGCCCAGACCUCAAGGAAAAGGUUCGCGUCGCAUGCGGUCGCACCGAAUUGGUGGACUUUGUUCCGUCGAACACGACACCACCGGAAUCGGUACCACCCUACAAAGUAACAACGGAGCUUCACCUGGGUAAUUUUUUGGCCAGUGUCGUACGUUCACGUUACUUUUACGGCACCCUAGCUGACACCAUUUGCGAGGAAUAUCCGGACAAACAUUGCUGGAACGGCGAUCGCGUCGGAGAAUAUAUGAAGACUGUUGUGGACGUUAGUUUGACGUCGCAGAAAUAUAACCCGGAAGUCCCACUUCUGGCAGCCGGUUCAUCGCAAUCUCUCUACAUCAAUACGAAUACGAGUCAACUGAUCGAUCAGCUUCGACAUAUUUAUCAGAUCGUUCAAUCGCAAUUGGCAUCGACUCCAGACACUGGGGCCCUUUUGGGUGAUGGCCCUUUUGAUGGGUCUGGAAGUGGAGCCGGUCCGACAUCCGACGACGACGAUGACGAGUACGAAGCUUCUGGUUCGGGAAUGGGUUCGAGUACGGAUGACCCAGCACAUGACAAGACGCAUCAGACGAAUGUGAGAAUCGGUUCUGCCGGUGGGGCCAUCAAGCACAGCUUGUCGAUCAGUUCUCUUAUGUCUUCGGUCAUCCUUGCAUCAUAUUUUUCGAUCUACGAUCGAUGGACAUCAAAGUAUUCCAGUUCUUCACUAUACGCUGUGUUGGACUUACAUUGCAUCACACACUUCGUUUACAGGUACUCGGAGAUGCUGCCACCGUAGUUGCUGGAGUCCGGGCAAUGACGUUGGAGGAACUGCGACCUGUAACUUAAAUAACAAAUAAGUAAUUAGUUAACUUAAUACAUAAGACUUACUAUAUGACCUACCAUGUAACAUAAUGUAUAACUUAUUCCAUGACUCUAUAUAUAAGUAUAAGACGUUCGAAUUAUAAUAAAUUGUAAAAAGUUAUAUGAUAAUAAAUUAUU